AUGCCAGAGCGAAUCACCCCAGCGCUGGCUGCGCGGCUGGUGGCCUCGCCUUUGAAGUACAUGCUGCUCGACAUUGACGGCGUGAUUUGGUGUGGCGGGCACGUGAUCGAACGUGUGCCGGAAACCCUGCGAUAUCUGCGCAACCAGGGCAAACAAAUCCGCUUUCUGUCUAACAACGCGUCGCUGUCGCGCGAGCAGCUUCUGCAGAGCCUCGAGAAGAAGGGCAUCGAGUGCGUGACGGUGCAGGAGUGCUACAACAGCGCGUACGCUGCGGCACUGCGGCUGAAGCAGCUGCUAGGGAAAGCGGACGUGCCCGGUGAGGAGCCGCGCGUGCAUGGCAACGUGUUUGUGAUUGGUGAAGAGGGUCUGCACGACGAGCUGCAGCAGGUGCUGGCGCCGGGGUUCAUCACUUACGGCGUGGAGCUGCACGACGCGGAGCGCGCUGGGGGAUACGACACAGAGGCCCUUGGCAGCGCGUGGCGCGUGCCGUGCCUGCCGGCGCCGCAGAAAGGUCUAGUGGUGCGCAAUGGCAAGACGUGUCGCAUGGUGCAGGCCGGCACCGACAAUGCAGAGAAGAUUACGCUCUCCGACCUGAACGCCGUUGCUGUCGUCGUAGGACUGGACAAGCACUUCAACAUCCUCAAGCUGGCGUACGGGUCACUGACUCUGCAAGGGCCACCUGCGACCCUGCGCGGAGAGUCGUACACGCCGCCUUGUCUACCACAACGGUCGCGG